CUGCCUAGCUACUAUCUCAUGAAAGAAGCCUCCUGAAUCCCUCCCCUUUAAUCUCAUUUUAUUGUUAGCACUGUGCCUGCCUUUAAUCCCUGCAGACCUGUAGGAGCUGAGCAGGAGAAUCACAGAACAGAAGUUGCUUCAUUUUGGGGUCUUGAGGUGAUGCAUAAUUCACCAAACUAUCUCGACAUGAACCAGAAUGAGGAAAGAAAGAGGAGUGGAAUGGAUUGUUGCGCUACAGAAAUUUCAACUUCAGCUCUGGAGAAGAUGGGCCACAAACAAGAGGAGGGGGCUAAUCCCUGGAAGAAACAGACCACCAACAUCAGAAAAACAUUUAUUUUCAUGGAAGCACUUGGAUCAGGUGCCUUUUCUGAAGUUUUCCUGGUGAAGCACAGAACCACUGGUCAGCUUUUUGCUUUGAAAUGCAUUAAAAAGUCACCGGUCACCCAGGACAGCAACCUUGAAAAUGAAAUAGCUGUGUUGAAGAAAAUAAAGCAUGAUAACAUCGUGACGCUUGAAGACAUUUAUGAGAGUGCAACCCACUAUUAUCUGGUUAUGCAGCUAGUAUCUGGAGGGGAAUUAUUUGACCGUAUUUUAGAACGUGGUGUUUACACUGAAAAAGAUGCAAGUGUUGUUAUUCAACAAGUCCUGGGAGCUGUGCACUAUCUUCAUGAGAAUGGGAUAGUUCAUCGAGAUUUGAAGCCUGAAAACUUGCUAUAUCUAACUCCAGAAGAGGAUUCUAAGAUUAUGAUCACAGACUUUGGCUUGUCUAAAAUGGAGCAGAAUGGCGUUAUGUCUACAGCAUGCGGUACUCCAGGAUAUGUUGCUCCAGAAGUACUAGAACAAAAGCCAUAUAGCAAAGCUGUGGAUUGCUGGUCCAUAGGAGUCAUUACCUAUAUACUUUUAUGUGGCUAUCCUCCUUUCUAUGAAGAGACAGAGUCCAAACUGUUUGAGAAGAUCAAGGAAGGCUACUAUGAAUUUGAGUCCCCAUUUUGGGAUGAUAUUUCUGAAUCAGCCAAGGAUUUCAUUUGCCACUUAUUGGAGAAGGAUCCAAAUGAGAGGUUUACCUGUGAAAAAGCCCUCAGGCAUCCAUGGAUUGAUGGAAACACAGCCCUCCAUCAUGACAUAUAUCCAUCUGUCAGUGCACAGAUCCAGAAGAAUUUUGCAAAAAGCAAGUGGAAGCAAGCCUUCAAUGCUGCAGCUGUUGUCCACCACAUGAGAAAGCUUCACAUGAACUGCCACCACAGUAAAAAAGACAAUCUCCCACUCAUAGAAGUGCAACAUGCCUCAAGACCCAAUACUCCAUCCAUUGCCUGCCAGGAAGACCAAAAUGAAGACUCCAAGAUAUUGAUCCCUGAGUUAUCAUCCCAGAAUCCUUCAUCUCCUUCUUCCCGACACAACAAGGUGACAGACAGCAAGUGUUUGGAGCACCUGGUUAGUACAUCCCUCCCUAUCACUACCAGCACAGAUGUGGAAGCCAGCCAAAAUCCUUCCAACAGACCCUCAUUUAGUUGCAGUACAACAUGUGGAACACAUGAGAAAGUGAAGACUGCCUUUUGCUCAGAGUCGGUACUACUCAAGAAAGCUGCCAAGCCCAAUCACUUCAAAUCAGAAGUCCUUGUUCCAGCAAAAAAUAACCAUUCAUAUUUUGGCACUGGGCAGACUGGAGUUUGUUUGGUGAUGUGAUAGGAAAGUCAGCCAUAUCAUGUGCACACCUUUACAGAAGGACUGUUGGAUUCUCUUCGAAACUUCAAACUCAAGCCUCAGUUGCUCAAGAAGAGAAAAGGACUUGACCAGAAUUCUGCCAGGAAGAGCUGUGCUCUCAGAAGGCAGAGGCCUUUCCUUGAAGUGCUGCGCAUUCAUAGGCCUGAGGAAUCAGAUGGUGCAAUUCUCCUGAAAUGUUAGAAGGACCAUUUAUACAAACUGGGAAAACAUUUUUAUGAAGGAAAGAUACCAGGCUUCUGCUAGCAGUUUCAGUGUAUUUAUUUGCAUCCUAAGGUUAUAUCUUCUUUGCGGGAAGGCAUGUUGUAUUCCUGCUAAGUUCACUAAAUUAUGAGAAUAAUUGCCUGGUGUGUGUGUGUGUGGGGGGGGGGGGGUUGUUGCUGUUGUUUUGUGCUGGGUGCAUGUGAUCUAAGCAGAAAGCAUCCCAUGCUGACUCAACUGGUGUCUCUUUCAUUUAUGAUAUGGGGCACAAUGAGCCAAGCACAGUUGCCAUUUGUUUCACUGCAACUUGCAUGGAGUUUCUGUACUGGUUCCAGUGGAUAGAGAUAAUUUACACAGCAUUCCUUUCCCUUGGUGGAAUGACAUUUUGCUUCCAAACCAGUAAAUUGUUUAGUUAUACUGUGCUUAAUAAAGCCUAUUGUUUCCAA